AAAAGGAACAGAAAGAAAUGAAAAAUAGUAAUGGUGGUGGCAGUUAGUGGUUGUGUUGUUGGAUUUUGAUUUAAUUUAAAUUUCUGAAGCAAAAUUGAUCAUCCAGUUUGAAAUCCCAAGAUGGGAAAACGCAAAAAUCAAGCUUUGAUUGACAGUGAUUCGAGCAAUGAUUCAACUAGCGAUUUGGACUCUGAAUUUUUGAAUUUGGCGAAGAAAAAGAACAGGAAGAAGAAAUCGCCAAGGUCUAACUCGGAUUCGGAAUACGAGGGCAAAUCUGACAGUGAUGAGGGUCGAAAUAACAAGAAACCCAAACGAGAUGAGUCCUCUGACUCCGAAUUUGAAAAGAAAGAGGAGGCGAAAAAUAACUCAGAGCCUGAGGAAGGUGAAGUCUCAGACUCUUCAAUAUCUGAUGAAGAAUAUAACGACGGGUAUGACGACCAACUUAUGGGCGAUGAAGAAGACAGAGCCCGCUUAGCCAGUUUAACUGAGAAAGAACGAGAAACGGAAAUUUUCAAAAGAAUCGAGCAACGAGAAUUGAUGAAAACGCGAUUUGAGAUUGAGAAAAAGUUGAGACAGGCGAAGAAAGCGGAAAGGGCACGGGAGAAACCUCACAAGCACAAAGACAAAGAGAAGAGCAGGGACCACAGUAAACUCCAAACCGAUUUCAGUUCAAUAGACCACAAGGAACGUAGCAAAGAGCGGAAGAAAAACAUUGAGGAAAAUCGCGGCAAAGUUGACAAACGUGUCAACGCCAUGGCCGAACUCAAAGCCAGAAGAGAAGACAAGCAAAAGCGGGAAGAAGCCGAAGAAAAACGCAAGGAAGAACAGAGGAAGAAGGAAGAGGAAGACGCUCUGCACACAAACAAGAGCAACGUAAAGUUAAAGGCGUCAGAUAUUUAUUCAGAUGACAGCGAAAGUGAAGGAGGUAAAAGUUCACCUCAGCCACCAAGACAAUCUGUGGGGUCUGUCAGAUCCCGCUCUUCGUCUAGUUCAAGUUCGAGUGAUAAUGAACAAGAAGAAGAGGAAAAACCCGCUUAUGUACCUACGAAACUUGACAUGAAUAAUAUUCGGUUGUCGAGACAUAAAUUAGAAAGAUUUGUACAUAUGCCGUUCUUUGAUCGUAUUGUUAAAGGAUGUUACGUAAAAAUCGGUAUUGGGCAACAUAAUAAUAUGCCUGUUUAUCGGGUGGCCGAAGUCACAAAUGUUUAUGAAACUGCCAAGAUUUACAAUUUGGGAAACACCAGAACAAACAAGGGAUUGCGUGUACGACACGGAAAUCAGGAGCGAGUUUUCCGCCUAGAAUUUGUAUCCAAUCAAGAAUUCACCGAGACUGAGUAUCACAAGUGGAUAGAGGCCAGCACAGCUGCUAGUAAUCCUUUACCCACAAAAGAACACAUUGAACAGAAACAAGCCGACAUAAAAGAAGCCUUAAAUUACGAAUUUAACGAACAGGAUAUUGAACGAAUUAUACGCGAAAAAGAGCGGUUCAAGCCAAACCCCCACAAUUAUGCAAUGCGCAAAACCCAACUAAUGAAAGAAAGAGACUCAGCCCUGGCUCGCGGGGCUGAAGAUUUGGCGAGAGAAUUAACCCAAAGGAUCUCUGAUUUGGAAGAAAGGGCGUCAGAGUUGGACAAAAUGAGAACAUCGACCAUUUCAAGUAUUUCAUACAUCAACGACCGGAACAGGAAACGCAACGUUGAAGAGGCCGAAAAGGCGAUUAUGGCCGAAGUUAAAGCAAACAAAGGCAAAAAGAUCGAUGACCCGUUCACAAGACGCUCGACAAAACCAAGAAUGAAUUUCAAGGCAGCUCCUGAAGAGAAAGCCGAAGUAGUGGUUGAGAAAAAGCCAGAGAAGGUUGCAGUGGAAGUGGAAAACCCGAAAGUAGCAGCGCAGCCGGCUCAAGUUACUCAGGACGAUCUCUUCUCAGCUCAUGACUUUGAUAUUAAAAUUGACUUAGAUGUUCCUUUACCAGUGGCUAGCGUAAACGUUACACCCAAAACAGUAACAAAGGACCUUGCUCCGAGACGAAGCUUGAACUUGCAAGACUACAAGAAGAAGAGAGGACUUAUAUAGUAUUUAUUAAUUUAUUAUAUUUUUAACAAAAUAAAUUUUAGACCUUAAAUGUUACACUUAAACAUUUUUUAUUGUUAAUUAAGUUUCAUUUUAUUUGGAAACGCGUUAUAAUUUUACAGUGAUUUUUAAGGAAUGAAUUAAUUCUGUACUUUUGUAGCCUGUUGUUAGAUCUGUUUGUGAUUACGAAUUGUUUCACAAAUUUGAAAUAAUAGACAAACAAGGAAUUUCAUUUAA